AUGAAUCCUGCGACCAAAGUCAGCACAGUGCUCAUCGUGACCCUGUCUUUUCUCUGUUUGGCAGAGGGUCUGAUCUGCAAUGUCUGUGACAAUGCAAAAGAAUCAAAAUGUAAAAGGGGCCAAGGCAGAUGCGUCGCACACCCUGGUCAGUCAUGUGCUACCAUAUCAUACUUUUUGGGAUCAACGCAUCAGUUCUCCAGGCACCUGUGCAUGCCUGACUGCAGGGAAAGGGAGCUCCGUCAGAAUGGGAGACUGACUUACUUGAUGUGCUGUGACAAAAACUUGUGUAACAGUUUCUAG